CCGCCAAGCUUCAACAUCUGUCCUCUGAGUCCAGUCCUCGACAACAGCCCAUUAGUGGAGCAAUGGCUGCCCAUUCAAACUCUAUAGUCCUCCUCAGUGUCUCCUAUCAUCCUCAGUGGCCUUCUGGCAGACGAAGGGGGUGUCCCUGGGCAACAGAAAAUCCACCGCCACAAACUAAUGCUGCUCCCUCCUCUGGCACAGCAGUGUGCUCAGGCCUGGGGACUUCCAGUAGGUGGCGCAGCUGGUUCUGGAUUCCCAUGUUGAUGGUAGCCUCGCUGCCAUGUGGGACCUGGGGUGCCACGUUUAAGGUGGCCAUCGUGGGGCCCUGGACAUGUGACCCGCUGUUUUCCAAAGCCUUCCCUGAUCAAGCGGCCCGACUGGCCAUUAGCCGCAUCAACAGAGACCCGUACAUCAGCAAGGGCUACUGGUACGAAUACAUCUUGGUGUACGAGGAAUGCCAGACGUCACGUGCCCUGGCCCGCUUCGCCGACCUGGAGAGCUACGGUUCUGCUUUCCUGGGCCCGGCCAAUCCGGGCUACUGCUCGUCAGCCGCCCUCCUGGGGAAGCACUGGAACAAGGCCGUCCUGUCCUGGUCUUGCCUGAACCCAAAAAUGGAUGGAGGGAUGUACCCCACCUUCCUGAGGCCGAUGCCCCUGGCCUCACACGUGCUGUUCGCCGCGCUGCGUUUCUUCCGCUGGGCGCGUGUGGCCGUUGUCAACUCACGGGACGACCUGUGGAAGGCCACGGGACACGAGCUGGCCUCCUCACUGCGGGCCCUCGGCCUACCUGUCCACACCGUGGUCACCAUGGAAAUGGACGACGACAACGGCGCACGCGAGGCCCUGCAGAAGAUCAGAGAAGCCGACGGAGUACGAGUUGUCAUCAUGUGCAUGCACUCUGUUCUGAUUGGUGGAAAGGCCCAGCACAUGCUCCUGACCACAGCUGUGGACAUGCGGAUGGUGGACAGAGGCUAUGUCUUCAUUCCAUUUGACACACUCCUGUACUCCCUGCCCUAUAAGAAUGCAGAGUACCCCGCCCUCGCAAACAACACCAAACUAAGCCGAGCCUAUGACUCCGUGCUCACGAUUACCAUGGACUCUGGCGAGAAGAACUUCUAUGAGGCCUUUAAGGAUGCUCAGGACAGCUAUGAAAUCCGCAGCAGGGUCCCUCCUGAACAGGUGUCUCCCUUCUUUGGGACCAUCUACAACAUGAUGUACUUCCUGGCCAUGUCGGUGGAGCAGAGCCGCCUGUCUGAGAGUCGCUGGGUUUCGGGAGAGGUUCUGGCCCAGAGCAAGGGUGGUUUCCAGUUCCCGGGGUUCAACCAGCCACUGUCGGCUGGGAGCAACAGGGAGGGCAUGCAGGGGCGUUACGUUGUCCUGGAUACGGACGGAAAGGGGGCUUCGCUCAGAGCCACACACAUACUGGAGGCCCCCCACACCACUGCAGAAUUUGGGGGGCUGAAGUACCUGGGACGGUCCAUACAUUUCGCCGGAGCCACGCCCAGCAGUGACUCCAACUGCUGGUUCAGCACAUAUAUCACAUGCAGCGAUGGCAUGGGCAGUUUAACACUCUUCCUAAUCUUCCUACUCCUGUGUUUGCUGAUUGGGGGUGGUGCAAUCCUGGCCAACAUUAUUAGACGACGGAUGCCAAUAGGAAUCAUUUAUGGAGGGGGUGGAGGACCUAGCAGCAAAGUUGUGCUGACCCUAGACGAUCUGGUUUUCAUCAACACACAACUCAGCAGAAGGAAACUGAUUGAUGACACCUUUGCAAAGAACAAUAUGGAUGACAAGACGCCUUUCCACUCUGUCUCCGGGAGCAGUUAUGCAGCCAGCACCCCUGAAACAUCCAACGUUGCCGUCUUUGAGGGUGACUGGGUCUGGCUGAAAAAAUUCCCCAAUGCAGUUUCGAUGUCAGAGGUCAAGGAGGACGCCCAGACUGUCUUCAUCAAGCUGCGGGACAUGCGGCAAGAGAAUCUCAACCUGUACCUGGGGCUGUUCUUUGACUUGGGGGUCUUUGCCCUGGUGACGGAGUACUGCACCCGUGGCAGUCUGGAGGACCUGCUCAACAACGAGGACGUCCGACUGGACUGGAUGUUCAAGUUUUCCCUGCUGAUGGACCUCAUCAGGGGUAUGAAGUUCCUUCACAACCGCAACGUCCUUCACGGACGCCUAAAAUCCCGGAACUGCGUGGUGGAUGGGCGCUUUGUGCUCAAGGUGACGGAUUACGGCUGCACUGAUAUCCUGGACAGCCAGUGCCUCAGUCUGGAGGAGCAAAAACCUGAGGAUUUGUUAUGGACAGCCCCUGAGCACCUGAGGAACAAAGCAGACAGGACGGGCUCCUUCGCAGGGGACGUCUACAGCUUCUCCAUCAUCAUGCAGGAGGUCAUAUCCAGGAGCUCUCCUUUCUCCACGCUGGACAUGCCUGCCAAGGAGAUCAUCAAAAAUGUGCGAUCCCCCCCUCCGCUGUGCCGGCCCAGUGUGUCCAUAAACCAGGCGCCCAUCGACUGCAUCCAGAUCAUGAAGCAGUGCUGGAGCGAGGAGCCGGAGAAGAGACCCACCUUUGAGGAGAUCUUCAAACAGUUCAAAAGUAUGAACAGAGGAAAGAAGACGAACCUCAUCGACUCCAUGCUGCGGAUGCUGGAGCAGUACUCCUCCAAUCUGGAGGAUCUGAUCAGGGAGCGGACGGAGGAGCUGGAGGUGGAGCGUCAGAAAACGGACAGGCUGCUGGCUCAGAUGCUGCCCAAAUCAGUGGCCCAGGCUCUGAAGACAGGAAACCCUGUCCAGCCAGAAUACUUCUCGGAAGUCACCCUGUACUUCAGCGACAUCGUAGGCUUCACCACCAUCUCAGCCCUGAGUGAGCCCAUCGAGGUUGUGGACCUGCUCAACGACCUCUACACCCUCUUCGAUGCCAUCAUCGGACAGCAUGAUGUCUACAAGGUGGAGACCAUUGGCGAUGCCUACAUGGUAUCCUCAGGGGUACCGAAUCGCAAUGGAAGCCGCCAUGCUGCGGAGGUGUCCAACAUGUCUCUGGACAUCCUGCACUGCAUUGGGGCCUUUCAGAUGAGACACAUGCCUGACGUUAAGGUCAAGAUCCGCAUUGGCCUGCACACUGGUCCAGUUGUGGCUGGAGUGGUGGGCCUCACAAUGCCUCGGUACUGUCUAUUCGGAGACACUGUCAACACAGCCUCCAGAAUGGAAUCCACAGGACUACCUUACAGAAUCCAUGUGAACCAGAACACAGUGGACGUCCUACAUAGUUUGAACAUGGGCUACAAGCUGGAUACCAGGGGCUUGACAGAGCUGAAGGGUAAAGGGAUUGAAAACACAUACUGGUUGGUUGGGAGAGAAGGGUUCACAAAACCACUGCCUGUACCUCCAGACCUUACACCAGGUGCAAGCAAUCACGGUAUCAGCCUGGAUGAAAUUCCACCGGAUCGAAGACAAAAAUUCAUCGAUCGGCAGAAUAAGAUGAAUAAACAAUAA